AUGUCCGUGCCCAGCUUCGAGGAGCUCUUCGGGUCUUGCACUCUGGAAGUGAUAGCCCCAGAUACCUCCAUAGCAUUUCCAGAACCAGGAGCUGCAGAUGACUGGUUACUCGCGCUCAAAUCAUCUGGUAUUGAAAGAAAACAAGCGUUCUUCGAUGAGCAACUACACCUUCUCUUGAUUGCACAGAUACCCUGUUUAUCUGCGGACGCGGACCCCAAGGAUCCACCUACAUCCCUUCUCGACUUUCUUGCCCAUGUGCAGAUUUCGCUUGAAGCCACUUACAUCUCGCAAACACCUACAACUCUCCCUGAAACUCCCCAGACCCCCCACAGUGCUCGAGUGCUUGCCCCACCUCGCACUUCAUCCAUAGCUAAACCUCGGCCUACAUCACUUCAUCCUUCCUUGUUUCCUCCCCACACACCAAAUCCUACACCGUCUUCUACGGAGAGGGACCGCAAGUACGCGCAAUCGGAAGGAACUCUUCUGCUUGCUAGCAUAUGGGGUCACAAGCCCGCGAAUUUGUCCAAAGAGAAGUUCUCUCUCUUGUAUUCCGAGGCAAAGAAGGCUUGGUUGGCGGUAUAUGAACUCUCCUUGACAGUAUCGUUUCUUCGCCUCUCCUUCUUGGAUCCUCUGCUGUCCCUGACCGUGUCAACCACAUUACGAGACAAGUCGGUAUCACUGUCACAAGCAAACCAUCCACUUGUGAUAUUUCUGUCGGAAAGCGGCAUUCUUGCCAAGCUUUCUGCUUCUGGCAUAAGCUCAUUCUCCGAGCAACAGAACCAGGAGAUAGACAAUGGCGAGGAGGACGAUCAGACCGGGCUUGAAGAAGUCAAUUUACUAGAAGGACUUUCAGCAGGAUCCAACGUUGCGCUCAACUCAGAACCACUCUGGCUUCCAUCCACUCGCCUGGGGAAUGUCACGCGUCGAGAGAUAUUCUCCCUCCCACCCGUACAAUCUUCAUCUACCCAACCACUUACGUUAAGCUCUAAGCGUCCACCUAAUGCCACUUUACGGAAAUCAUUUCGCAAAAUUCUCCAGACAGUCUCUGGUUUUCGGGUGCGGAUGCGAACCGUCUUUAUUCCCCACAUCCUCUUGCCGGAGAUGAAUUCAGGGACUGGUUUUAACGACGAUGACAGUGAUGCACAGGAACGAGAGGCAGGGAACAAUGAACGCACCGUCGUUCUCUGUGUUGAAGUUGAGAACUCUGGAGAAUCAGGCCCAGGUGUUGGUUUCUCAGUGGAAAGGGUGGUUGUGAAAAUCGGUGGCGAAGGUGCAUCCGCCAAACUGAUCGGUUGGGGAGAGGGUGCGUUUGAGUCCGAUGUGGAGACGAACACCUUCCCGCUUCUGAUCGGGUCCAUGGAACAGUACAAUUUAUUAUACGCUGUUUCAUUCCUCAAGCCUUCUGCAGAUAGUGAUAUCUCGCUGGUCGGUCGGCGGUCUAGUGGCGUCUCUGCAAACUCAGAUCUGCAGCGGGCGGUAGCGAUCAAUAUCUAUGGCAAACCUUAUAUGUCGAAGGCAGGUGAUGAGCAUGACUCUGAGGACGGUGAUGGUCCUGCCCUGACCUACCCCACACAUACCUUUUCCUCUCGGUGGAAUUGUAUCCUGGAUCUUUCAUCGAAACCACCGGAGGAACCUCCUGACUUCUUAGACCCUUCUGUUGGUGCUCGUAGUGUGUUACCAGAGCCUGCAUCUCCCUUCCCAGGGCAAGCGGCCCUGGUAUCUGCGAUCCCGAAAGUGCAAUCCAUUGCCGGGAACAAACGACACACCCUUCCCAACAAUAUCACAGCUAUUCGUGCGGUCAAUCCGAACGCUAAUUUCCGCCCGAUGCCAUACCGUGACCAAUCUUCCGCCUCACCCAUCCUCUCUAACAAGCAAUACACUCCUCCCUCCGUCACUGUGCAAAGUUUUUUAAAGUCUCCGCCCACUACAUUCGGCAUUCAACCGCCGAACACGCCCCUGUUAGGCGUCAGUAUACCCAACGGCGGCCCAUAUGGCCCACCAGAAGCUCAAACAUUUGUGACGCCGCCAACUCCUGCCUAUCCUGCAUUCCCACCAGCCACUGUUCCAACCACGUCUCACUUUCAAACACCCUUGAUUAACCAUCAAGGAGCCUCCGGGCCAAGUGUUGAAAUCCGCAGGGAGCGCGGUCUCGGAAUGACAGCAGGUAUACCGCAAACUCCUGGACCAACCAUCGUCGGCGGCGUGUUCGAUUCUGCUCAAGAUACCCCAGUCACCGGUGGACAGCCCAUCGUCGUCUCCGUUGGCUUGCUUCCCCCUGCUUCAGGUUCCUCCUCAUCCAGAAAAUUAUAUCCAUGCGAUCAGUUCACCCUUGAUAUCUUUGUGUUUAAUCAGAGCUCGUGGACUAGAAGGUUCGAAAUUAGCUGCCCGGAUCCAGAUCGUCGACGCAGACGAAAGAUCGAGCAGGAGAAAGCUGCGCGGGGUGGCAAGACGACCAUCGAGGAGCUGAAGAGUGUGAUGACGCCUCCUGGGAUACUCCCGGUGCAAAACCGCGUGCGCGUCGGGCCGCUGCGCCCAUCUACCUGCCAGUCAGUUAGGAUGGACUUCCUUGCAAUGACUCCUGGCGUGCAUUCGGUUGAGAUUCUUAGUCUCACAGAUAUUGAAACUGGUUUCUCCAUGGAUCUGCGGUAA